GAAGGGAGACGGGCAGCACUAGGGUCGCUGUUGGUCGGUUAGUCACCAGAAUAACCAGAGAAGCCCCAACGAAGUACAUAAGUACUAUGUACGUGUAGAUGCAUACAGGAAGGACCUGCGUUUAUACAUGGUGCUAUGUAUCGUAUACCUAGGAUAGCGUCUACCUGCGCGCGGCUGGCGUACGGUCCCCGGCACGGGUAUGCGUUCCCCACGUACCCAGGUACAAAGUGCGUAAGUUACGAUAACGAUAAGCCCGAAAUUGUGGAGGGCAGCUUGAUGAAUGAACAGAGCGACUGCAAGGCAUUGUUCUUAACCAAGAGCUCAGCAGACGAACAUGUAAGGGGACACCUUCGGUUCAUAUGCCCUGUCCCACGCUGCAAGGAUGCCGUAAUGGGUCGAGCAAAGAGGUCGCUCGUCAUUUCACAUAAUACCUCACAGCAGCAUCGAGAAUCAGAUCAAUUCUCUAAUUUGAUCAACAUCCCGGAUCCCACGGAGAUCGUUGUUUCCGCAAGACCUGCGGAUGAGCAUGACGAGGAUGAAAGCGACCCUGUGCUUGACGAUGACACCAUCGACGACUUUGAAGAAGACGACGACUCCUUUUCCGAAGACUUCAAUCAUGGAGUGAGCGCAAUAUUCCCACUGGCGCGAGUUACUGCCGCAGUUGAAACAGUCGGAGAGCAGAGGUGCUGCUUGCUAAAAUGAAAUCAGAAGCUCCUGACAGCCUCUGUGUCUGGACCCCCUCGUAACCUGGGUCUGAAGUGCUUAGUACCGUCCCGAGUUGUUGACAACAUAGUAAGCCGGCUCUGCCCUGCGUCAGCAACCCUAGGCUACGAUAUCACCCUGCUCAAAUUCCAACGCGCCUCUUCAAUAACGGCCAUGCCUAGCAGAUGU